UCCGCCCCCCCCCCCCCCCUCUCGCUCUCGCCGCCUCGUCCGCUCCGCUCCCUCCCCGAGCCGAGCCGAGCGCAGCGCAAGCCCGAUCCGGAAGGGGGGAGAGAGAUGGCAGACGCGAAGCAGCAGCAGCAGACGGCGGUGGCGGCCACCGGCGUCUGGAAGACGAUCAAGCCCUUCGUCAACGGCGGCGCCUCCGGGAUGCUCGCCACCUGCGUCAUCCAGCCCAUCGACAUGGUCAAGGUCAGGAUCCAGUUGGGUGAGGGCUCUGCUGGUCAGGUCACGAAGAACAUGCUUGCUAAUGAGGGGAUCCGUUCCUUCUACAAGGGUCUGUCCGCCGGUUUGCUAAGGCAAGCGACAUACACGACUGCUCGUCUUGGAUCCUUCAGGGUUCUAACCAACAAAGCAGUUGAAAAGAAUGAGGGAAAGCCAUUGCCACUAAUUCAGAAAGCUUUUAUUGGUCUUACUGCUGGAGCAAUUGGUGCUUGUGUUGGUAGCCCUGCUGAUUUGGCACUCAUUAGGAUGCAAGCUGAUUCGACCCUGCCAGCUGCACAAAGGCGCAACUACAAGAAUGCUUUCCAUGCUCUCUACCGCAUUUCCGCUGAUGAGGGAAUCCUUGCACUUUGGAAGGGUGCAGGCCCUACUGUUGUGAGAGCUAUGGCAUUGAACAUGGGUAUGCUUGCUUCCUAUGACCAGAGUGUCGAGCUAUUUAGGGACAAAUUUGGUGCAGGAGAAGUUUCUACUGUCAUUGGAGCCAGUGCUGUUUCUGGAUUCUUCGCCUCAGCAUGCAGUUUGCCUUUUGACUACGUGAAGACACAGAUUCAGAAGAUGCAACCUGAUGUCAAUGGCAAGUACCCGUACACAGGUUCUUUGGACUGUGCCAUGAAGACCUUCAAGAGUGGCGGGCCAUUCAAGUUCUACACUGGCUUCCCGGUGUACUGUGUCAGGAUUGCGCCCCAUGUCAUGAUGACCUGGAUAUUCUUGAAUCAGAUCCAGAAGUUCGAGAAGAAGAUUGGCAUAUAAGAUCUACAUAUCAGAGUGGGGUUGAUCGCUCCAUCCUAUCAUAAUAACAUUCCAGCUGCUUUGACACUCCAGUAGUUGGUUUUGGUAGGGACAAUUCUGGACCAGUUUUUACCUUAGUUUACAUGCCAAUUAUUGUUGUUGUAAUAAUCGUAUUAUUUGUUGUAUUGGGGGCAUUUUUGGGGGGGUGGAGAUGCUAGUUGGCUGGGAUGCAGCCACAAGAAGAGGGGAUGCUGCCUAGUCGUGCCAUUGAAUGGAACCGGACCAUGUUUUAUACAGAUAUUUUUUCUGCAGUCAAGCUUCUGCCGAGCCUGUUAAACUAGUAAUGCAUUUGAGUCAUU